AUGCUGCCCCCACGCCCCUCUCCCCAUGCCUCGCUGGCCCCUUCCUGCCGACUCCUCUCUGUUCCCCUCGCCCGUGACCUCUGCAUGCCCUCUCUAGCUUCCCGCGCCCGCUCUGCUCCUUGCGCCAGAGUUCCGCCUUCCGUUCUGCUCUCUUGGCGGCUUCCGCCUGCCUCGUACCGCCUCUCCCUCGAUCCUCCUCGCCCCUCUGUCCGUCCCCACUGCACCGUCGGCGGUCCGUGCACCUCCCGCUCCUCCCAUCUUCUCAUCUCGCGCCGCGGCCGCCUCUCUGGCGAUGGUGACCAGGCGUCCAAGUGCUCCCUCCAAUCCGGCUUGGCGAGCGCAUGGAGCUGCUGCGUCCCCCUUGCUGCUGACCGUGCUGCUUUGGCGACGCUGUUUCCGCCUCUCGCCCCCUCUCACCGCGCGGCUGCUGCCGUCCUGCCGAAUGCGAAGCGCCGCCGCUCCACUCUCCCUGCUCCUGGCGCUCGCCGCGCGGGCGGAACUUGCCCACGCGCCCUCCUCGGAGGCGCCGCUCCCUCUCCGCCGAGCGGGACCGCUCCUCCUUCCCCUUGCCGCGCGGAUUCGGCGCCUGCCACGCUCGAUGGCUCAUCCCGGGCCCGCCCAGCUCCUGCCGUCCAGAGCUCUCCGUGCGCCGCCCUUCCUCGUGGGGGUCGUCUCAACCGCGCGAUCCCGGCGGCGGGGCCUCUAAUUCCGCGACCGCCACCGGGCUCGUCUCUGCUUGCGCUUCCGCCAGCUCGGUUUCCGCACCGCCCGUUCCUCCUGUUCCCGCCUCAUUCGCCCCUUCUAUCCCUGCCUCCUUGUCUGACCGUCUCGAUCCUUCUUCCUCGUCCUCCGCGCCCUGCUCCGGCGUCUCUUCUCGAACUGCAUUGUGCGGCGAGUUCUCUCCGCGAGCGACGCUACUGCCGCUCCCUCCUUGUCUGCGAGACUGCUCGCCAAACGCCAACCACUGCCCUCUCUCAUCGCCACGUCAUCCGUGCUCCUCCGGGGAGCGGAACACCCUUCCGCCGCGGUGGUUUCCGCCCUCCGCGCCAGGUCCGCGUCCGCUCUCCUGGAGCCACGCAUUUCGAUCCGCGCGUUCGGCGUGUCCUUCGUCAUUCGUUUGCGCAUCGGCUACUCGACCGUCCCUCACAGCAGGGACCCGAUCGGCGCGGAAGGCGGGAUGGCGCGGCGAUCGCUCCAUGGAUCGCCCACGCUCUCGUGACGGCUCUCGGCGCUCCCGUUCCUCCUCCCGUCGGCUAUACGCCCUACCCCAGCGCAGCUCGUAUCGAUCCAUCUCGUUCGCGCUAG